GGAUUUCAUCCACACGCCUUCUUCAUAUGCAUGCAUCCAUGCGCACACGAACGCAGUCAGUUGAAAGCACGAGUGGGUGAACGAGUGUUGAAAUCCGCCACGCCAGAUAGUAGCUACGUUGGUAGUCUCUCUCUCGGACAGGCAGGCAGGCAGCCACAAAGAAACAAACGGAUGGAUGGAUGAGGAUGUCCGCAGGGGAGAGAGGCUGGCUGCUCGCUGGCUCACUGGCAUGCACACUUAAACAUCACACACACACGUGGACUGCUCGCCCUCCCCUCCACGAUCCGUCUCACAAAGCUUAGCCACACUGGUCUACUGGCGGCUCCCUCCCUCUCCCCGUCCCUCGCUCAGUGUGGCCAGCCUUGCUUGAGCAAAGACGGCCAAUCGGAUGCAAAAACGACGAGCAAGAGAAUCAAAGGCGGCAGGCAGGCAGGCAGGCAGGCAGGCAGGAACGAAGAGUGCGCCGUGCUCUCGAUCGGUCUACGCAUCUUGUCUAGGAGAGGAGGAAGCUGCCCUGUCCCUCGUUGAUGGCGACGAGCAGCCUCUCCCGCAUGACGUCCUUGGAUGUGAAGCGGGGCAGCUUGAGGUAGUUGGUGCACGUCAUGACCGACGGCAGGUUGCGGUCGGGGGACUGCGGAGAGGGCGUCUCCUUCACCACCACUGUCAACAGGGGCCUGCAAAGAGACACAUAGAUGACAUGCCAACAUAAAUUGAGGCCCGUGCGUGCGUCUGGGUUGAUUGGUUGCGUACUUGAGUGCUCCGAAGCCCUCGAGGGGCAGUGCGGGUGCGCCGGUGGCGAACUGGCAGAAGAGACGCCUCUCCUUGGGCGACAGCUCACUCAGCACCUCCAACAAAUACCGGAACGGCGCUGAGUCCCUCUGGUAACUGCACACACGCCGAGAGGGAGAUAGAGCAACACGAAAAGUCCACAUGCAGGUGUCCAUGUGCACAUGUCUCGCCGUGCGCCGUACCCGUGUGCAGGUUUGAUGUAUGUCUUGAGGUGGUCCAGUGUCCAGUACUGGUUGUCCGCCGCAUCACCGCCGGCGAUGAGCUGCGUCGCCAGCUCCACAGGCUGAAAGCUCAGCAGCGCCUCCAACGGCAAAAACAACUCGAAGCCCUCACGGAACGCAUGUACCUGCAGAACACCGCACGAGCAGUGCAGACAUGAAUCAACAAGGGGCGUGGUGGUCAUGGUUGGUGCGUUGGUGACCUGGAGUGCGAUGCCCGAGUAGAGCAUUGCGCGUCCUACUAGCUGCAGGUACUCGUCGAGGGUGUCCCGCGUCACCACCAUGUCCCUACCGCCGUCCCUCAGCUCAUACAGUGGCUCAGGACCUGCAACACACACCGUGCACCGCACCUAUGGCGAUAGCUCCCUCGGCCAUGUGUGUGUGUGUGUGAGCGCCAGACUUACCGGGCACGGUGAAUAUGACGCAGAGCUGCUCCAGGUCGAACCCCUGUGCCUUCAUCUCCUUCAUCUUCUGCAGCUGGUUGUAAAACGACGGCGACACCUGCACACACAGCCAAACAUACCCACAGAGAGAGACAUCCGUCAAUCCACGAGUGUCUGUUCGUGUCCCCGCCCUGUUCGUCAGCCAGCACAGACCUGCAUGAUGUCGGCUUCGUAGGACAAGGUCACCCGUGCCUCCAUGCCCUUCUUCUCGUCCUCCUCCUCGUCCUUGUUCGGCUCGUCAGUGAACGGACACAGAAUGGGGAAGUGACCACCGCCUCCCGGCCGCUGCCUUUUGACGUCCACUUCCCGCGCCGCGUCCGACAGCACCAGGCGCCAGAAGACCGGGUGCAGCCGCAGGUCCAUCAGGCGCUGGUCGGUCAGCGACUUGGCCACCAGCAUCCCCAGCAGCUUGAAGUGCUUGUACAGCUUCGACUCGAACGUCCGCUCCAGGGGGUGCCGCUCAUCGCGUUCGGGUGCGGUCCACUCGCUGCUGUUGUGGGCACGGCCGGCGCGCAGCAGGCCGCUGCGGGAGGCGAAUGCCGAGCCCGCUGGGCCGUUGGCGCGUGUGUCCUUCUUGGGUUUGGCGAGCAGUGUGGGUGCGACCUUCUGGAAGUCGACGUGGUAGGCCUGUGGGAAGAGGAGGCCGUUGGGCGGCUCGAGGAACAGACGGGGGCUCGUGGAGUCCUUGAACGCUUGCGCAACCUGCAUUACACACACGGAAGGUCAUAUGUGUGUGGGCGUCUUCCAUGCGUGUGUGUGUCGUGAACGAACCAGUGCGUAGAAUUCGAGUGUGGGUCCAAGUCCUGAUCCCGACUCGUUGUAGUACUCGACCUCCAACACGGGCUCCACACGGUGACGCUGGCUUCUCACACACUCAAACACCUACAUAUACGAAAGAAAAGAACAGUGACGGGCCUCUCUGCGAGACAUUUGUGGUUGCGUGUGCGUACCUUCCAGGCAUUUUCUAUGAUGGGUGUGCGGCCGAUACGGACCUUCUGGCGAGGAAGCGUCGUGUGCUGCGAAAGAAUGCCACACACGAGGUGGAUGAUUGAUGCCCAUUUUCUUUUCCCUUCACCACUGACCCUACUGACCUCUUUGAUUUGGUUGAGUAUGUCCUUUUGUCUCUUACGGCUCAUCCGCCCGCCGUAAGGGCCCAGACCCAUCAUCAUCAUCAGCGCCGUGUCCGCACCCUUGGUCGCAUUGGCCGUACCAGACCCCGCCCCUCCCUGCCCCUCGGCCUCCCUGUCCGCCCGCAGGUCAUCCCCCGACUCGGACGGCGAGGGGGGCGGCGACGGCAUGUUGUCAUUGCUCCCAGCACCGCCGGCCCCCUGGCCGCCACGCCUGACCUCGAUCUCGGCCGCGUCACUGAGCCAUCGGUGGAAGAAGUGCAUGGAGCGCUUGGAGCCCAUGCCCGUGAGGUAGAGCAGACGACGCCUGGCUUCAAAAAAGAAGAGGUAGGGGCAGGCCACGGCCAGCCGGGAGAUCCAUGUGGGGAUCUGGUUGCCGAUCACCGCCAGGGGGUCUGUCAGCUGCCGCAGCACCUUGGACGACAGAGAUGGGCUGCAGAAGGCGUCAGUCAGACCGAUGCGGUCGCCGAAGGUGGUUUGGCUUUGGGAGAGGGCCCGAUCACGCUCAAACCGGCCGGUGGAGAGUCGGGACAUGGAUGCGGUGGGCGAUGGGACGGGGGAUGUGUCGGUCAUCAUGGGGGCGAGUCCGUUCCCCUCACCGUUGCCAUAGCCGUUGUCAGCCAGGACGUACGUGUUGCCCCCCAGCGCCACGCCCGUGUAGAGCUGCUGCAGCCGUUUGAUGGCCCACACGCAGUUGUGGAGGCCCAUCAGCAGCUGCACCACCGCUGCGAGGUCCUCGUUGGUCUUGAGGGGGUCCUCAGGAGGCGGGAGGUUGAAGGACACCUCCUCGGGCUCAUCAUCACCCCCGUCAGCAGCAGCUGCUGCUGCGGAUGGGGCGGCAAGUCCAUCUGCAGACUCAGUGGGCACAGGCUGAUCCGGCCCGGGGGCGUCGGUGCUGUCAACAGGAACAGCGGCAGCAGCCUCGCUUGUCUGUUGGGCGGCAGGGGAUGUGUCCCCGCUGCUGAACGCCCUGUCCUUGUCUGCACCGUCCUCGUGGGCAGCGGCCUCCUGCUGCUGCUUCUUGGAUUUCUUCUUUUUCUUUUUGCUCUUGUUCUUCUUCUUCCGGUUGCCGGCGGCGCCCCCCGCGUCCUUGUCCUCCUCACCCUCUGGCCCCUCCUGCCCCUCGACGGCGCCACCUGAGCCGCCAGAGUCGACCAGGCUGCUCGAUGACGUCUUGAUGGAGAUGCCCUUGGCGUCGGCUGUGUCGUCCUUGCCCUCGCCCGCCUUGCGCUUCCUGUUGCGCAGGCUCUCGUCGAUCUCGGCGUCGCUGGCCAUGCCGGAGGGGCAGGAGAGCCCGCGGAUGAAGCGCAUCCGGUGGAGCGUCUCCAGAUGCCCCCUGACCAGCUUGGCGGCUUCCGAGGUCACGAUCGACUCGGGCGCGCGCGUCAGGUCGUCGUGCAGCUGCAGCGGUUCGUCAGCCGAUGCCGAUGCUGUCUUCUUAUCCUUCUUGUCACCCUCCCCCUCCCCCUCCUGCUUGUCCGAGCCGCCCUUCUUCUCCCUCAGUAGCACCCUGUAGGUGAACUGCUGGUGGGGACCGCCCCACGGCCGCACCAGCAUCGCCGGCGCCCCUGAGUCCUUCUCGCCAUCGGCCUUGUCGGUCUCCUGAGGCGUGAGCGAGCCCUCAUCGCCUCCGACGUAAAACCGCACGGUCGGCCCCGACGACUCGCCCUCCUGCUCUUUGGCCCCUCGGCCGCUGGCACGGGGCGCGACGGUGAUGGAGAUGCCCCGCCGGCCUCCGGGAAAGACGGAGACGUCAUCCGGCUGCUGGUACUGCUUGGGGAUGGGCGAUGCCGUGCCGUAUUUGAGGACGGCCUCGAGCACCGGGAUGUUGGACGAGAGUGGCACGUUGUUGAGGAACAGCUGGAUGGACAUGUUCUUGGACAGAUCCUCGGGCCUCUCGGGCCGAGUGGGUGCCUGAGGGGGCUGCGCGGCAGCAGCAGCUGCUGCUGCUGCCGCGGCAGGAGGCUCGGGAGGUGCGGGGCUGGCCGAUGGUGUGGGUGCGGUGGGUGACCCAGCGGCUGGCGACCCUGCUUUGUUCUGCUGGGCACGCUUCUUCUUCUCCCGCCUACGGGCGCUCCUGCUCAUCGGGGGACCGCCUGCACCAGCCGCAGCCGCAGCGGCUGCUGCUGGUGAGCCAGCAGCAUCGGGCUUGUCCCCCUGGCCAUCACCACCCAUGGCCUCGUCACCUUCCAUCGGGUGGUCUGCGGGCUCUGUCUCAGGUGGUGCUGGUCCGGGUCUGGCGUCAUCGUCGCCCCAUGAGUCCAUCAUGUCCAUGUAUUCGUCGCCGAUGCCGCCCUCCACCCUCCUGUGUGGCGGGGGUGAGGUGGGGGACUCCUCGUCGGGGUGUGGCUCCUCAGCUGCGUAGUCCAUGCCCGCGUCGAUGGCGUGGGGCGGGCGGUGGCCGAAGUCAUCCUCAUCCUCAUCAUCUGACAGAGACCAUGACACACACGAGAUCGGCCUAUGUGUUUCGACGCGUCUUGUCGGGUGUCUGCGGUGCGAGUGUGUGAGUUGCCACACCUUCUUCAUCGUAGUCGGGCUCGAAUCUUGACCGUUCGUACAUGACGUCCUCUGGCGGGCGCUCCUCCACCUCAUCCUCAUAGUCGUAGUCGUCAUCCAUGAACUCCGCGCCCUCAGCCGGCGGGCCACCCGCCUCAUCCAUCGCCUCUGCACGAGCCAUCUCCACGUCGCCGUCGUUGUCCCGCGCACCACUACCAUCCCCGUCACCGCCGGAGGCCGCUGCCGCACCCUCCCUCCGGCCCUCGUCCAUGGCCGCCCUGCUGACGGGCGACCCCUCCUCUGAUGUGAAGUCCUCAGUGCUCAUGGGGGGUGGGGGGCCGGGCUGUGGGGGCAUCUCGCUGGGCGGGUGGUCCUCGCGCCCAGCAGCGCUGCGCUUGAUCAUGUCCCGCAUCUGCCGCAUCCGCUCCCACGACGCCUCGUCGGGGUCGCGGUCGCCUUCCUUCUUGCCACCAGCCAUGGCCUUCUUGGCACCCAGACGGGCUGCCAUCGACGGCGGCAUGUCAUAGUAUGCUCGGGCCGACCGGAAUGCGGCAGCGGAUGAGUUGGGGUCCUCACGUCGGUUGGCUGCCGGGGUGCGGGCGAUGAUGGUGCGUCGCACGUAGUCCUCCAGGUAGGCCACGGUGGUGGUGGCGUCAAUGUGCACGCCGCUCUCGAACAGCUCAAGGCCGUCCGGGCCUCGCAUGCGGCGGCCAGCAGCCGGGCGAGGAGGGCCCAUACCGUAGGCCAUGGCCAUCUCGAAUCGCUCCCUGUCCCUGUCUCGGUCCAUCAUCCUCUCCCUCUCGUAUGCCAACAUGCUGCUCGGCUCCAUGCUCAUCCGCUCGUACAUGAGCGACCGCUCGCGGUCGACGCGGUCCAUCAGGGCGAUCAUCCGUGACCGCUCCCGGUCCCGGUCCCGCCGCUCGUCGUCCUUGCUGCGCUGCAUGCGUCGGUCCAUGAGGCUGUGGAAGAUACUCGGGCGGUCUCGGUCUCCCCCCUCUUCUCUGUCCCAGCCUGAUGGGGGCGGAGGGAUGCCAGACGGGCCAGAAGGGGGUGCUGCGGCCGCCUUGGCCGCCACAGAUCGGGAGGGAGGCACCUUGGGCUGGUGGUCCUGCGCCUCCUUCUUGUCACCCUUGUCCUUCUUGUCCUUGCCAUCCCUGUCAGGCUUGUCCCUGUUGUCGCUCUUGUCGCGGCUGCCCGUGCAACCGAACGGGGGGAAGCCGAAGUUAGUCAGCCACGAACUCGGCGCCUUGUCCUUCUCCUUGUCGUCACCACCAUCCUUCUUGCCGCCCUUGUCCUUGUCGCCCGCGUCAUCCCCACCGCCAUCACCGCCCUCCCGGGGCGCCCCUUCCUUGGGCCUCAGGAACGAGCUGGGGAUGAGGCGGCCACUCGCUGGCGGCACUGCCGGCCUGGGGAAGGGCGGGCUGCUCUUCUUGUCGCCAUUGUCGGGUUUGUGCUCGAUGGGUGAGAGGUUGGCCCUGAGGGGCUCCUUGAGUGACCGCAGGAGUGUCAGGGGGUUGGCGUAGGGGUUGCGGUCCUCGCGGUCAGUGGUGCGGGGCCGGCCGCCGCUGUUGAGGUAUCGGUAGACGUGGUGGGAAAACUCACGGUGGUGCCCAGAGCCCUCACUCUGACCCAGCAUCAGCUCAGCCCGUCGGCGUUUGGCGUCCUGAGCACUCGGGGGCCGCAGGUGGGCGGGGAGCGACGCGUCGGCGUCAGCAAUCUGCCAGUAGAUGCGCACGGGGAGCCGCUCGGCCCGGCUGAUGGACCGGACACACAGCUGCACCAGCCGCAUGAGUGCCGUGGUGUCGCCCUUGUGGGCCAGGGUGUCGAGGAAGAGGUACAGCCGCCGAAAAGCCUCCUGCCGGUCCCUCAAGAGGGCCGAGCCGUUGUCAUCGCCACCCGACUUGUCGUGAUCGUCGGUCGCCAUGUCGGUGUGCUCGCUGCGCACAACGCCACCGAAGAGGAACGAGCACAGCGCCUGGGCGGUGCCUGCACAAACAGAGAAGACACGACAGGCUCAUCCGUCAGCACGCCCAUGAAUGUGGUUGUCGCUUCCGUGACAUACCUGUGUGUAGGAAUUCGUAUGGCGAGAGGUCCUCUGCGAGCAGGAGGUGCUGCAGCUUGCUCAGCGCCUCCUUGGCGCUCGACAGGUAGGACGUGUCCACUGGGGGCGCCGACACGGGCAUCAUCAUCUUGGGCCGAGCCGGCGCCACCACCGACGCCAUGGCCGCCUCCAUCUCCUCCGGUGACAGGUGGUCGCUCAGCGAUUGGGCGCCACUGCCGCCCGCCACACCCAUCGUCACAUCGCCAUCGUUGUCUGCCUCGUCGUCGGUCGACUGCUGGAUGGCUGGGCAGCUCCUGCUGUCGCGCUUGAGUUUGGUGGUGAUGGUCUGCAGCUGCUUGAGGUUCUUGUUCUCGGCCACCAUCUCGGCCACGUACUGCUCCAGCACGGCGUCGGCCGUGGCGCCGAUCAUCCGGUGGAGGUCGUGGUCGGCGGGGCCGGUGUGCGUCUUGGCGUCCUGGCGGGCGCGUCGCGGCUCGCCAGUGAGCUUGUAGAUGGCGGCGAUGAGGCCGUGGCGGACGAACGGCUGGGCGAAAGCGUCGUAGUCGAUGGUCAGCACCUCCAGCACAACAGACAAGGCCGCAAGGAUCUGACAACAUGCAAGGGCAGCACAAAGACGUGACAGCAUGGUACCCUGGUGCUUCUGGCCAGCACUUACCGUGGUGGGUGAUGUGGAUGAGGUCAGCAGCCCGGCCAUGAAAGAGCUGAGCUCUGUGGCGUCCAUGCACUCCAACACCUCCCGCGCCUGCGAUAUGUCCAUGUGCCCGUUCUCGCCGCCAACCACAGUCCAGCCGUCAGCAGACUCCUUGUGGCUCGACUGCGGGCCCCUCAGCGCGCAUGCGAGGUCGGGCUGGACACAGUGGGAGAGGCACGUGACGCACACCACCAGCAUCGACACGGCCAGCGACUGGGUGGCGGAGGAGCCGGCCAUCUGGCUGACGUUGAUCGACACCAAACGGGGCAGAAGUGUCCUGCAUACAGUCAUCACACAAAAUGACGCAGACCAGACCGUCCGUGUGUUCCUGCCCUUGCUCACUUCAUGAGUUGCUCGAUGUGCGGCCAGUAUGCCCGAAUGACCUCCAUGCGGCUGUAGUCGAGCACCAGGGCACGCUGGCGGUGCCGCGCCGACCCGCCCCGCGGCCACCUCUGCCGGUCGCUGCCGGGCGAUGGGGCCGCCUCCCACUGGGGAUUGUAGUACAGCAUCGGCAGCAUCGACGCAGCCAGACACAACACGCGCAGCAUCAACACGCCCUCAGCACCAUCCUGCAGAGAGGUGGAGAGAGACAGACAGACAGACGGGGGAGAUGUGAUGAUGUGUGUCGUUUUGUUCGUGUGUUGGUGGCUGCUUGCUUACGGCUUGAAAGAAGUCCCUGAGAAUGAUGGCGAGGUUCUUGGGCUCCUGUGCGAGUGCCCUUGCAGCGACUUGGUCAGAGUAGUGGGUCAUGACCGACACGCAAUACGACCCCCACAGCACGGUGCUCAGGUCGCCCACCUCCCCGGCAAGCCCCUUGGAUAUGACGUCCAGCAGUCUGGACAGCGGCCCCUCGCCCAUCUCGGCAAACACCUUGGCGACCAGCUCACCCGAACCCUUCUCCUGGGGCGCCUCAUCCUUCUUGUCCUUGUCACCACCAGACGAUGAUGCCGGUGCCGCGGCCGCGGCAGCUGCUGCUGCUGCCGGUGGGGGGCUGCCCUUGCGCUCGGGCGGAGCAGCACCGGAGAGCAUACUCGCGCGAAGGGCGCUGGAGAGAGAGAGGGAUCAACAUGUGAUGCCUGGAUCUUGUGUAUUUCCCUGUGCUGGGUGUGGUGUGUGUUACCUCGAUAUUUUGGGUGGUGGUGGCUCGUCCGGCAUUGUGACCUCGUGGGGCCCAUAGAGAUCCACUAUGUUGUCUACCACUGACACCCAGCACUCACCAGCAUGCUGAAUAACCAAGCCACCAGGAUACAGGCAUUAUCAGAGAGACAGAUGGCCUGAUGUGCGUUUGGGGUAGUGCAUCGCAUCCUACCUGGAGGACUUGUGGGUCGUCGUGCACGAGCAGGUUGGUGAGUGAUGAGAUGGACGGCUUCACCUGAUUCACGUACACGUCGCGACUCGGGAUGUAGUGCAGCUGCCCUGUUCGACACACACGUGACAGACACCAAACAUUAGGGUGGUCCUGGGCUCGGCGGUCCUGGUCUGUGUGAUUGUCAUACGUGCGACGGCGGUGACGACGGUUCGGUGGAUGGCGAGGGACGGGAAGAAGUCGACGUAUUUGAGCAUGGCCUCCACACCGCCGGCCUUCAGAAUCGCCAUCGGCUGCUCGUCCGCUAUCUUGCCUAACAGCUGCUCACAUCACACAGACAUACAGAAGAGUGAGCUGGUUCGUGGCUUGUCAUGUGGUGGUGGUGGCUAUGAGUGGGUACUGUACCGAUAGGACUGAGUCGAUGAGGUCUUCGUAUGGUGUCUGGUUGAGCUUGUUACACAUCACCGGCACACCACCUGCAGUGCAACACACCGGUACACACACGAAUCGUGAUCCAAUACAUUCCGGCGGGCCUGCCCUCUCUGUGCGUGUGGUGUGUGCAUACCUGAGUUGACGACGAGUGUGAUGGCCGGCGGCAGCACGUCGAUGACCUGGUAGAGGCAGCGCGACGCCAUGAGCAUCCUGUUGGCGUCGUCGUUGCCGAACUGGAGGUUGAAGUGCUGCGCCUCGUCCCCCAGGGCCAUGGCCAGCUCCAGCGCCACGGCCUCGUCCACACCGGUGUUCUUGCCCCCGUCCUUGUUCUCGAGCAGCUCGAUGAGCAAAGGCACGAACUCCUCCAGCGGCAGCGACAUGACCAGCUCCUCCGACCCCAUGAGCAGCUGGUUGCACAGCUCGCUCAGCGCCAGGCUCUGCGCCUGCGAGUCGGCCGACCGCAGCGACUUGAGCAUCUGACUCCACCGUGACGACCCCCCGCCGCCACCGAAUGGGUCCCGCAGGUGUCUGCGGAACAUGCCGCUCAUCCCACGCACCUCCUCGUCGAGCGGUGAAGCCGCAGCUGCCGCAGGUGGCUCGUCAUUGACGGCACCUGAACAUACACAAUCACACAUUGAUGGACUCGUGGACGCGUCGCCUGUCUCUCUCUGGCUGGCAGCUGACCUGAGGCGGCCGCUGCCGCAGCGUUGGUCUGCCCCUCCUGCCCCUCGUCCCCCUUGGGACCGCUGGCCCCUCCAUCCGACAUCUUGGCACGCUUGCUCUUGCGAACACGCCGCGGAGCUGCCGCCUCGUGCUCCUGCUGUUGCUGUUGUUGCUCUUCCUGUUCUUCUCCCUCUUCCUGGUGAUCGAUGUCGAGGUCGAUCUCUGACGACUUGCGCUUCCGACCCUUGAGCUUCCGGCCCACGGAGGAACGACGCUCGCCCACACCUGCUGCAGCAGCCGCGGACGCUCCUGCUGCAGACGACGAUGGCCCUGGACCACCCGCCUCCUCUCCCUCCUCCUGACCCUCGCCUCCCUGCUGCUCAGCCCGUGGUGGGGCAGCCGAUGCCGCCCGCCUGGACCGUUUGCUGGCUCGGUUGGCCUCCUUCUUGGCUCGCGCCUUCUCCCUCCUCUCGUGUCGUCGGUCCCUCUCCGCCCGCUGCUCCUCAACAGACGAUGCCGCCGCUGAUGCGUGGGCUGGUGGUGCUGGUGGUGCUGGUUGGUUUUGAGGAUGUGAUGCGUUUGCCCUGUGUGCUUGAGACCGCCUCGGGACUGGGGCGUUCUCCCGCCUAUCCUUGGCCUUGGUUGACAUACACAGAGGGGAGGCACGCGGGCAUCAGUGAGCGGACCAACAACAGCACCCACAGACUGACGGUAGGAUCAGGGACAGAUAGGCCGAGGGGCGAAGGGAGGGAGAGAGGGAGGGACGAAGUGAAUGCGAUGCCGAGGGACCAAACGUGUCUCAAGAAUCACCUGCAGACACACAUAACACAUCGAUGUCUCGUUCAGACUGGCCAUGGUGACGCCAGCGAGGCGCCACAGGCACCCAGCUAAGCCAUGCUGUGUCCGUGCAUGUCUCUCUGAUCAUAGACGGACCUCGGGUGAUGCAAGGAUGUCGUAUGCUGCCGUGCCUGACACUCCUGUUGACCCUCUGCUGGGGUAGUGAGCUGUGUCGGCUGCCGGAGUCUCGUAGCGACUCCAACGCGCAAGAUCAAAGAAACAGAUACUCUACAACGCUCUCUGUGGGUGAGCAGCUGCACAAGAGCUCCUCUGUGAACGCCAGAGCCCCUCCAAUGGCUCUUUUUCAG